AUGUCCAGCGGACAAGGUGAAGCCAACAUCACCAAUCUGGGGUGCGAUGUGGCCAACCUGGCCGCUCGAUUCGGCUCACAGAGCGCGGAAAAUAACGGCUCCUCAUAUGUAAAAGACCGUGACAACCUGAUUCGCACCUUGAAGGCAAUGCUCGUCUCAGUUUCGGGGCCAUCUGCCACUUUACUUGAGAUGAUAUUCGUGGCUCGAGUUCGGCUAGCCAUCGUCCGUGCCUUUGUGCAGCUCGAUCUAGCCGCCAAAGUGCCAUACGAUACCCCAAUAUCGAUCACCGAGAUUGCCGCUUCCCUCGAAGUGGACCGCUCGCUCAUGGAGCGUCUACUCAGAUUCAGUGUCUGUGAGGGUCUCUUUCAGGAAGUGCCUCCUGGGUCAGACAAUAUCUCUCACAAUGAGCUUUCUCGGUCUUUGAGGCACCUGGCGCCUCUCCUCAAUCUCGUGUUGUCUCCGUUUAACACCCUCCCGGAUCUGAAAUUGGUGGAAGCCCUGAAGUCCUCCUUAUGCGGAGAGGGCGCGAGGACUCCCGCGGAAGUGGCGUUCGGACAGAAUCCAUGGGAAGUUAUCGCACAUCAGCCCGAGCUCGCCAGCCAGGCCGACCUUCAGAGUGCUAUGUCCAGCCUUUCGAGGGCUUUCAAAGAGGGUCGAGAGGACGAGACACUGGCUCUCUAUCCCUUCGGAGAGCUACGAAAUCUCGUGCUCAUAGACCUCGCAGGCGGUGGAGGUCAGUUCGCGAUCGACCUUGCCCGUCGCAAUCCCCACAUCCACGUCAUGGUGCAAGAUUUAGCGUCAAAUCAAAUCCGAGCCGAGAACCAGAUCCCGGACGAGCUGUUACAGCGGGUAGUCUUUCGUGUUCAGGAUAUCUUUGCUCCACAGCCCGACGACAUAAAUGGACCCGUGGUGUAUUUUAUGCGAUGGGUCCUCCACGACUGGCCGGACCACCAGAGUCAACAGAUCUUACAGCAGCUGCUCCCGGGGCUCAGGCGCGAGGGAAGUCGUCUAUUAGUGGCCGAAUAUGUACUCCCUGACCCUCGGCGACGUGACUCCGAGGGCGCCAUCACGCUCCAAGCCGAGUCUCUCAUUCGAGCCAUGGACCUCACCAUGUAUUCUCUGUUCAAUUCUAAGGAGCGGUCAAUCGCCGAUUUCGAGCUUUUACUUCACCGAGUAGACCAGGGGCUCGACAUAAAGCAGGUUUGGAGUGUUGAUGGGUCGUGUAUGAAGAUCUUGGAGGUCGUUCUGCGAGCGCCAUAG